UCGUCGCCAAGUAUUUUUCUAAUGCUGUGCAGGCAAGUAUUUCUCCUUGCUGUCCUCACGGCUGCUCGGCUAUGCGACGACUGCUCUCAUCGCCACUGAUCUUAUCGCCACGUGUCGUCGCCUUGCCCUCGCAUUGUUUGACUCCAUUCGUCUCCAUGCCAGUUCAGACGCGAUCGUCUCGUCGCCGCUCCUCACCUCCGCGAUCCCCGCAGCCGCCAUGUGUUCCGCCGCAGAAGCCGCUCGCUGCAGCACAAUUAGCCAUCCCACUCGCUCGUCGCGCUUCACCCGAAGCCAAUCUUCGCACUCCGCCUUCCGCUCCCCGUGAAUCACGCUUGUCGAUACCAUCGUCAACUUGCUCCGCUCGCAGCGCGCCCAGCAGCAGGCGCAGGGGCUCCGCCCGGCCGCUGGCUCCUAUUAGCGACAUCGAGGACUUAGGAGGGAAGGUGUCACGUGGCGUGGAGGGAGACAUGGAUGGCAAGGAGGGAGGGGGCUGGAGGGAGAGGAGGCGGAGCAGGUCAGUAGCGAGGAGGGGAGGUCCGACGAGAGCGACGAGGGCGUUAGAGAGAAAGGAGCGGCGCGACGAAGGGGACUGGCAGCAGGUGGCGCCUCGAGGAGGACCAAGGCGAAGAGAUUAAAGGCCGAUGCAGGCAAGGGGACGGGGAGGCAGCCAUGGAAGGAGGCGUUGGAGAUGAAGUACGGGUUCAGCGACGAGGAGGUGGUCGCCGCGCGGUCCGCGCUGCUGGAGUGGUACGACGCCAACCGCCGCGACCUGCCGUGGCGCGCGCCGGCAGGGAGUGAGGUUGGAGGCGAGGGGGACGAGGCAGUGGGAGGCGGCAGGGGGGAGGCGGAGGAAGGAGCGGAAGGGGAGGAGGGGCAGGAGGCAGCGGAGGGGGAGCGGCGGGCGUACGGCGUGUGGGUGAGCGAGGUGAUGCUGCAGCAGACGCGCGUGAGCACCGUGGCGCCCUACUUCCACCGCUGGAUGGCCCGCUGGCCCUCGCUGCCCCGCCUCGCUGCCGCUUCCCUGGAGGGCGCGCAGCACAUCCAGCAGCGCCACGGGGGGCGCAUGCCGCGCACCGCCGAGGAGCUGCUGGGUGUGCCGGGCAUCGGACCCUACACCGCUGCUGCCAUCGCCUCCAUCGCCUUCAACCAGGCGGCAGCAGCGGUGGACGGCAACGUGAUGCGCAUCCUGGCGCGCCUCAGAGCCCUGCCCCUGCCGCUGCAUCAGGCCGCCUCCUCCUCGCUCUUCGCCCUCCUCGCCUCCCGCCUGCUGCACCCCUCGCGCCCAGGGGACUUCAACCAGGCGCUGAUGGACCUUGGCUCCCUCGUGUGCUCGCCCUCCUCCCCCUCCUGCUCCUCCUGCCCCCUCUCCCCCCACUGCCGCGCCCUCGCCCUGCAGCAGCAGGGAGCAGACAGGGGGGAUGGGGAGGAUGGGGGGGUGGACGGGAGAGGAGUGAGGGUGACGGACUUCCCUGUACGCAAGGCCAAGGCAGCACCGAGGGAGGAGUGGGUGGCAGUGUGUGUGGUGGAGAGGAGGGAGUGGCGUCUGCAACGGCACCAUCGCACGCAUCGGUGGCAUCAGCUGGUGUGUCUGCCGAGAACGGCAGGCGUUCAGUCAGCAGCCGAAGCAGCAAUCAACCUAGCAUGGAGGAGCCUUCUCAGUUCCUUCUGGUGCAGCGGCCACCGCAGGGGCUGCUGGCCGGGCUGUGGGAGUUCCCCGCUCUCGUGCUGUCGACCGGCCCAGGCAGGCCUGCAGAGCCGCAACGACGACAGGCCGUGCUGCGCCUGCUCAACCAGAUGCUGCCCAAUGUGACUGUAGAGGGGUCUGGCCAGCUCAGCCUGGAUGGAAGGAUGCUGCAGGAGGGAAAGGAGGAGGGGGAGGGGAGCAAGUGGCGUGUGAUAGAGCAGCGUGAUGUGGGCCAGGCCUUGCAUGUCUUCUCCCACAUACACCAGCAUAUGUUGAUCGAGCGGAUUUUGAUCGCAGAGGGGGCUGAGGCAAGCAACUGCUGCAGGCAAGAACCGAUUACUUGGGAGUGCAGCCUGGGAGAUGCAGUGGCUAAGGCAAGAACAAGAGGCAAGCAGGUUACAAGUCAUCAGGAUGAUGGAAAUGAGAGUUGUUCACUACCAAUCCACCAGCAUUGGUGUUGGCGUGGGAAAUGGAGAUGACGGAAGUUGGCCUUUCAAGCGGUGUUAGAAAGGUGUGGGAAAUGGUUCGAGCGCAUACACCUGGAGAAGACAUAUGAUGACUUAGCGCGGCUGCUCAGAACGGGAAGAUUCGUCUGGAAACUUACCUCAUCAUUUCGGGCAGUGAUUCAUGGCUCUUGUUUA